AUGGUCAGGAGAAUUGAAGAUUUGGAAGGUGUUGACGCCUCUUUUGAACAACUUGUGGAAGCUGUAAAAGAAGCUGCCGAUUGGGAUGAAACAAAGACGGAAAAUUUGGUCACGGAGAAAGUUGUGACAGAGUUUGUGAACUUUCAUGUGGAAAAGGCCGAGAAAGAAAGGGCAAGUAAGAGAUUAAAAGGAGGAAAGUCUUUAAAGAUGAACAAAGGAAAUAAGUUGGGAGACAUACAAGGUCAUGAUGCUGAAAUACCGGAUAAGAGAAAGAAGACUCCAGAUAAAUCACAUGUUAAUAGCUUGCCUAAGAAGAGGCUACAAGAAUUGCUUGAGAGAAACUGA